UGAACCGUAUGAUUUCGGAGCCAUACUAUUUGCUCCACUUCUUAGCUUUCUUCUUCUACAUUCCGGUCCGCUGCUCCGCCGCUCACGUCUUCUCUCCUGCCCGCUCAGCUCAUCUGCUUCACCGAGAGAUUCAAGCGCUGCUCGCCUUUUGUGUUUUAGCUGCUAUUAAGGUGGUACGAACAGAAUCAUGGGAGGCUUUUAUAGCAGAUACUUUAUUCUUUGCAAAGAUUUUCCUUGCUGCUAUUGCUUUGGUUGUGGAUUAUCGCUUGGCUUUGUGGUAUGCAAUAGCAUUCCUGGUUAUUUACAUUAUCUCACAGCAACCUGCAUAUGGAGGACUAGGUACAAGUAGUCAAUUGACACCGCUCCAGUUGGAAACUUUGCUUACUGAAGGGAACACAUCAAAAUUCUGGAUGGUGGAAUUUCGUUCAUUGUCUAUAUCCAGUUGCAUACUAUCAAGUUCUUUUUUCCCUGACCUCUCAAUAACAUUCUCAACUAAAAGUUUGUCCUUUGGGACAGUUGAUCUUGGACUCUUCCCAAAUGCUGCUGAGAAGUUUGGUAUCAACCUUGAAAGCCUUCACCAACUUCCAACUUACAUAUUGUUUCAUGAUGGAGCUGUGAUCUCAUGCUUACCCGAGGCGGAUUCGGAAGCCAAACUUUUUGAUUCUCCUGUGUCUAAGCUUCUUUGCCGGCAUUUUGAGCUUGACAAAAUUCUCCUUGAUUAUAUAAAUGGUAAAUAGGUCUGAGGGGACGAGAAAAUUUUGAAAGAACUUACUCCAGCAUCUCGUCAAAGGAUGGCAGCAUCUCCCUGCUAUAUUCUCCUCUUUAGUCCCACUCCCAUCACCCCGGACAUUAGAAAAGUUUCAGUCCAUGAAGACCGUGUAAGAUUCGGAGGAUAGUUGUUUAAAGCUAAUCAUAGACCCCUGGAUAUAUUGCUCUAUAAAUAAGUAUGGAUUCUGUUGUACGGGUGCUCAGUUUGUCUCUCCAGAGGAUUCAGCAGGGAAUAAUGCUUUUGUCCUGAGUGAAUCAAUAAUUUUUGACUUGAUCUUUUUUGUGUCUUACUAUUAAGAACCUGACUUAUUGUUAAUUCAUAGAUAACAGAUCAUUGUGUGGACGAGUGGACUUCUUUUCCUCCUUUACAUACUUGAGCACCACCUUUAUAUAUUCUCUCCUGAUUUCUUCUCCUGUCAAUGUCUUCUGUACGA